UGAGGGUCCGGGCCGCCAUACCUCGCAGACUAUAUAAGAUGACCCUUGCUGAGAGUUUUGUCAUUCUCGGUCUUCUGCUGCCCAGUCUUGCUUGUUUCAUCCACCGACAUGAGCGGACCAAUCAAGACUGCCGUCCUGGGCGUUGGUCUCUCUGGCCUAACGUUCCACGUCCCCUUCGUGCUCGCACUUCCGGAGCUCUUCAAGUUGCACGCUGUCCUCGAGCGCAAGCCCGCAGGGCCUGGUGGCAAGCUGCAGGCUCGCUUCGGCCCCGACGCUGCCAAGGGUGUCACGAUCCACAACACCCUCGACCAGGUCCUAGCUGACCCUGAAGUCGAGCUCGUUAUCAUUGGCACUCCCAGUGAGACGCACUACGAGUUUGCGAAGCGGACGCUCGAGGCGGGCAAACAUGUGCUUGUUGACAAGCCAGUGACUGCGACCUCUGCACAGGCGAAGGAGCUCGACGCGCUCGCGAAGUCUAAAGGCCUCGUGCUGUACCCAUACCAGAACCGACGCUGGGACUCGGACUUCCUCGCGCUCAAGACCCUGCUCGCGCUGCCGCCGAGCGAUCCAAACUCGCUCGGCACGCUCUGGGAGUUCGAGUCGCGUUUCGACCGGUACCGCACCACCCUCAAGGGCACGUGGAAGGACGAGCCCCUGCCUGCGAACGGGCUCACGUACGACCUCGCGGCCCACAUCAUCGACCAGGCUCUCGUCCUCUUCGGACGGCCGCAGACGGUCACCGCGAGGGUCGAGAACAUCAGGGGAAUCGGGCACCCGGACGUCGACGACACUUUCACUGUCACCCUCCGCUACCCGCCUCUCAGUUCGCCCGCUGACGCCCCAGUGAAGCCGACUUCUUUCACCGUCACCCUCCGCGGCGCGCUCCUCUCCGUCAAGUCUCCGCAGGUGCGGUACAUCGUCCGCGGCACGCAGGGCACGUACACCAAGUACGGCGUCGACGUGCAGGAGGACCAGCUUAACGUCAUCAGCGCGCCGUCCGACAUCUUCACCUCGGCGACCUACGGCCAGGAGCCGGAGGAGCUGUACGGUACCCUGGAGAACCAGAAGGGAGAUGAGGUCGUGCGGUCGAUCUGGCCGUCAAAACAUAAGGGCGACUACGCUGGUCUCUUCCGCGAUGUUGCAAGGGCGAUCCGGGAGAAGGCUCCUCAAGCUGUGACGUUUGAGCAGUCGGCCGAAGUCAUUGAACUGAUUGAACUUGCGCUCCAGAGUUCAAAGGAGGGCCGUACCAUUGCGGUCCCUCCUAGGGCGUGAGAACAGGGUCAAGCAUAAAUCGUAUCCAAUGUAACAGCAGUGCCAAAGCAGCUCAUUUUUUCAUUUAAUCUGGAUCGUUAUCGCCGCUUGUAUUCGCAAGGCUUUAGAAUGCUCCCGCGCUCUGUGAGCUUGCUCCACUCUUUCUCGCUUUUCGGCUUCCGAUCUGCCUUGGCAAAUUCGAAUAAUGUGAAAUGAGUGUUACUGUCGUCCUUCGACUUCAGACGGAAACCGACAGACGAUACAAGCGAGAUGAACGCUUCCACUUCGGUAAACCGACUUGCAACUUCGGCAAUUUUGAGUUCGCCUUCCGUUUUGAGUAUCCUCCAUGCCUCUCUGAUGCAACCGACCCAAUUCACGCUCAUCAGGCUUAGUGCGCACACAACGACGUCGACGAUCUGUGCUCCGUCGGUAUCCGAUCCUGGUAGGGGUAUCCGUGUACAGAUGUCCGUCUCGACGACAUAAUCUUUGUCAGAUACAAGAUCAAAGGACAGGACGGUAAAGCCGUUCGGCACGAGUGCUUUGGCAAGUGUGGCGUCGCCACAGCCGAGGUCUGCAACGACUGUCUUUGCAGGAUGUUUCGAGAGUGCAGAGAUGUAGUGUGCUACGGGGUUCACGGGCCAGGACUGGACUUGAUGACGGAAGCCCGUAUGAUACUCGGAGAAUACAGAGGGAUUCUCGCGCAUCAUCUGCCGAGCGUGGUCACUGUCAGACUUAUACAGCGUCUCGUUUAUCCAUCUGAAGCGUGCGCCGUCAAGACUGUGCUUCAUAUUCGCUUGAAGAGCGGUAAGCCCCUGCCCAGGACUCGCAUUCUUGCCUUUCUGCGCAGCGGGCUUUGGUGGCGAAACAGAGUUGGAAGUUUUUGUCUCCUGCUGCUGCAACUUCUUAUUCUUGUUCUUGUUCUUUUUCGACCCGCUUGCCAAUGGGGGUGCGGGCCUGCUCCCGUCCUUAGGCUCUUUGGUUCUCUGCGAGCUAUGGAUCUGCUUUGGUUCGCGCUUCGCAGCAGAAAGGUCGUGUAUUUUUCCCUUCCCCUUGUCCUUCCUAGCCUUCUUCUUGGCUUGUAGACCCUCACCCUCGCCAAGCUUUGCGACAAGCUUAUCUAUAUUGACAGUAGCGGCGUGAGUUUUUGCGUCGGACUCGGGUUCCUUUGCAGGACGCUUGCGCUUCUUGGAGUUUGAACCUGAUGGUACGG